UCUAGUUUCAAACUGUUCAAGAAAGCAUGCAUGCAACAUUGUUAAUCUUGAUACUUUCAAACUUUGCAAAAUGUUUUGGUGCAGAACUACUAGAUUUGGGUGGUUCCUGGUGGUUGAAUGGAACAAAAAGAGAAUAUGAGAUGUUAAAUGCGACAGUGCCAGGGGGAAUUUUUAGCGAUUUAUUAUCAAAUCGUAUUAUUGAAGAUCCCCUCUACGAAGAGAAUGAUCAAAAAUACAAAUGGGUCGGAGAAUCAAAUUGGACGUAUUUCAGAAAUUUCAAAGUCGGUGGAAGUCUAAUUGAAUAUGACAAUAUAAAUCUCGUGUUUGAGGGAAUCGAUACAAUAGCGUCCAUAUUCUUGAAUGGAGUGAAUAUAGGAAAUAGCACAAACAUGUUUGUGAAAUAUGUAUUUGAUGCAAAAAAUAAAAUUACGUUAGGGAAUAAUUUGAUUGAGAUAAGAUUCUUGUCACCUGUUGAAUUCGCAAAUAAAUUGGCAAUUGAGCAAAACAAAAUUUAUCCUGUACCACCUCAAUGUCCCCCAAGUGAUUACAGGGGGGAAUGUCACAUCAAUCAAUUGAGAAAAAUGCAAGCUUCUUUCUCCUGGGAUUGGGGACCAGCAUUUGCUUCGGUUGGUAUCUGGAAAAAUGUGUAUCUGGAAGGUUUCAAUGCCCAUAUUGUCAGAUAUGUUGUAUCAGAAGUCACUGAGAAUGUUGAAGACGAAUGGUGGAAUGUCAGAGUCAAAACAUUCCUAUCAGAAAACAGAGGAGAGAAGCUCAGUAAUGCAAAAAUAGUUUAUGAGAUAGCCACUGAUUAUCAAAGUAAUCUUAUAUUCAUCAAAAAUAUAAAUGAAUCAGUCUUACACAGUGAUGAGCCUGUUAUUGACCAUCUAAUAAAAGUUCCCCAAAACGCCGUGAAGAGAUGGUGGCCAAAUGGUUACGGAGAACAAAUGAUGUACGAUUUCAAUGUAUCCAUUUUUUCUCCACAAGGCAAUGAUACCUUUACUCGAAAAAUAGGAUUCAGAACAGUUGAACUCGUGCAAGAUGAACUUAAAGGAAACCAAGAUUCUUGGGGCAACACCUUUUAUUUCAGAGUGAAUGGAAUACCCAUCUUUGCGAAAGGCUCAAACUAUAUACCACUCAGUAUUCUUCCAGAGAGAGGACAAGAUAGGAAAAGUAUCGAUUCCCUUUUACAAUCUGCUAGAGAUUCACACAUGAAUAUGUUGAGAGUUUGGGGAGGAGGAGUGUACGAAUCAGAUUAUUUUUAUCAGAAAACUGAUGAAUUGGGAAUAAUGGUAUGGCAAGAUUUCAUGUUUGCUUGUGCUCUUUAUCCGACAGGAGAGGAUUUCUUGACGAAUGUUAGAACUGAAUUAAAACAUCAAUUGAGAAGGAUAGGUAGUCAUACAUCCAUAGUAGUAUGGGCAGGAAACAAUGAAAACGAGGCUGCUCUGACAGGAAAUUGGUAUGGAAGUAAUGGUAAACAAAUAUACAACGAUGAUUACAAAAAACUCUACCAAGAAACAAUCAAAACAGAAUUCGAAAAGAUACUAGAAAGUGGUAUUUUCUUAUUGUCGAGUCCAAGUAAUGGCGUCAAGACUGAAGAAGACGGUGGAAUAUCACGAAAUCCAUAUGAUCAGCUAUAUGGGGAUGAUCACACUUAUAUUUACGAAUUGGAUGGUUUCGAUCCGAAUAUUUUUCCCAUUCCUAGAUUCUCUUCUGAAUACGGCUACCAGUCCUACCCUUCAUAUUCGUCACUCAAAACAAUAACGAAUAAUGAAUCUAAUAAUCUAGUAAUAGGCAGCAAAUUCUUGAAAGGCAGGCAACAUCACCCAUUAGGCGAUUUGGAAAUGAAACUACUCAUCUUUUACCAAUUGGAUCUGCCCCCAAAAUCUAGCGAUAAUUAUACAAAAACUUUCAUUUACUACAGUCAAGUAAUACAGGCUGUUUCUAUCAAGACUGAGACAGAACAUUACAGAAAAUAUAGGAGUAUAUUAACUGCAGACGGACAUGGUCUCACUAUGGGUGCCCUUUACUGGCAACUGAAUGAUGUAUGGGUCGCACCUACAUGGUCUGGAAUAGAUGCCAGGGGAAAGUGGAAAAUUCUUCAGUAUUCAAUUCGAGAUGCCUUCUCCCCUUUAAUAGUUGUGGGGCACUUGAGUAUUAAUCGAAGUUUAGACAUUACGAUAGUUUCUGAUAAAACUACUACAAUUGAUGCUGUUUUAUCCAUAAGUGUUCUCAAGUGGACAUCUUUCAAACCUAUUGCAGUUAUCGAGAAAAAUGUUACAAUGGAGCCAUACUCUUCUCAAAAUAUCAUCAGUUUAGAAACAGAUGAUUACUUGAAUGAAUUGGGUUGCGGGAGUCUAUCUGUGGCAGCCAACAAUUGCUUUUUCCAUUUAAAUCUCUUCAAUGGAAAUACUCAACUAGCUCCAGAAAAUGUUGUGCUUCCAAGAGCCUUGAAAAAUCUGAAUUUGCAAAAACCGACAAUACAGAUCACGUCAAUACUAGCUUUGGCGCCUUAUAAAAAUCGAAGUUUCAAAAUUGAACUCAAAACAUCAGAAAUAGCCCUUUUCGUCUGGUUGGAGUGCGAAGAAGUACCAGGAAGCUUUUCCGAGAAUGGGUUCCAUCUAGUCACACCUACGAAGACCAUAUACUUCGAAGCAGACGAAGACUGCAAUCCAGACAAAUUGAAAAAAACUAUAGUGAUAUCGAAUAUACUAUCGAUAGGUGAUAAUAAGAAUUAGCUUAUUCAGUUGUGAAUAACAGGUUGAAAAAAGUUUUUCGAUUAUAUCCAGUCAUAAUGUCUAUAUAGCUACAAAUACUGCUCCUGUUAAAUUAUUUCAAUAAAAACAAUCUCAAUAACUUA